AUGAAGAUGAGUGAGAGCACCGAUACUGGCGAUUUCCAUACAAUAAAACACGAGUUAGAAAUCAUCAAACGCCUCGAUAAUACACACGUGAUUAAAUACAUGGCCACGUGUUUCACGGGUCACCACAUAUAUAUCCAGAUGGAGUUGUGCCGGUGCGACCUCCAGGAGCUCAUAGAGGCUAAGCACAGGAUAUUUGAGACGGAAGAGGAACUAGAUGCGAAUGAUGGGCAUGUUUACGUAGAACCAAAUGAUCUGGAGUAUUUCAUUAGUGUUGAAAUGCUCAGGGAAGUGGCCCAAGGCUUACAGUAUCUGCACGAUAGGCAACCGCCGGUGUUUCACCGGGAUCUGAGACCCCAGAAUGUGUUUAUGGUGAUUGACCCUGAUACAAAUGCACCCGUGUUAAAGCUAGGUGACUUUUGUUUGGACAAAUUGCCGGCGCUGGCCCUCAGACACCAUAGGGAGCGUAUGAGCGCCAGAUAUACGGCACCCGAAGUUAAUUAUAUUUGCGACGAAAAGUUUGCGUUUAAACAGUCGGCUGAUAUUUAUAGUCUAGGAAUGAUCGUGAUUGAUUUGUUUAAUUUUGACUUCACAGGUAAAAGACGGUACGAGCGGCUAAAAAGCAUCUGGGAACUGGCCAUCGCCCUGAUUGAGGUGAAAGUGGCCGUAAGGCCCACAUGCAAUCAGCUCAUUGAUAGGGUCGACGACUUGGACCCAAUGGACACACAACUAGUGCUCAAACAAUAUACUGAUUAUAAGGAGGAGUUUAGAGACAUUGAAAACAAACAUCUCGAUAAAUAUGUUUCCCAUAAAAUAGCAUUAUUAUCGCAAAGUGUUUGUUAA